AGAAGAAGCAGAUCUAAAGCAAUUCAAAAGAUUGUAGUUCCCAAAAAAGAAAGGCCCCGACGGAAUCCCGAUUUCAUCACCACUUGAUUUUCCCACGUCCGCCAAGCCCUAUAGAUCGACAGACCGGAACUACCUUCAACAUGCAUAUCUUGGUGGUGAACGAUGAUGGACCGCCCUCGAAGCGUCUUUCGCCCUACAUUCGCCCAUUCGUCAACGCCCUCCAAGACGCAGGUCACCUCGUCUCCGUAGCCAUCCCCGCCGCCUCCCGAUCCUGGAUCGGCAAAGCCCACCUGAUAGAAGCCUCCCUGAAGGCAACCUACGUACCCCCCUCUGCCUUCCGGGACGACGGAACAUGGGAUGAGACCUUCGACUCCGCAGAGACCGAGACCCAGCCCGAAUGGGUGGUCAUCCGAAAUGGCACCCCGGCCAGCUGCGUCCAAUUGGGCCUGUUCAACCUCUUCCAAGAUCGUCCCCCCGUCGAUCUAGUCAUCUCCGGCCCGAACCAUGGUCGCAAUGCCUCGACCGUGUACAAUCUCUCAUCCGGAACGGUCGGUGGCGCCCUCGAGGCGGCCACCUGCAGCAAGCGCGCCAUCGCUAUCUCCUUUGGAAGUAAAGAUCCGCAGCCGGAUGACAUCAUCAGCGCCGCGGCGCGACAUGCCGUGAAGGUUGUCAAUUACCUGUCCAAGCAUUGGCAUGCGGAUGUUGAGUUGUAUAAUCUGAACGUGCCGAUGCGGGUGGACGUGGAGAGCAGACCUGUGCGCUGGACGGAGGCCUUGCCCUACUACUGGCCGCGCGGUUGUAUGUAUGGCGAAGUGACCGCGGAUAAGAAGGUGAAUGGACACACUGGGCCCGCCGUCAACGGGACGAGUAGGUCGCAUCUCAAGGAGAUAGAUUUCACCUGGGCUGCGGAGUUAUCGGAGAUGAAGAAGACCCUGCAGUCGAGUCGGGCGGGCACGGAUGCGCAUACGGUGUUGAACGGUGACACCAGCGUCACGGCUCUUCGUGCCAAUUUCUGGCAUGUCCCUGAUCUGGAGGGGCCGAUUAAUCUUGAUGAUUGAGAUGAAAACUUGAACAACAUGAGAUGAUGAGAUAACUAGAUACCCGCGAAGACUCUCUUUCGGCUUAUAGCGCUAGAGUCUUCACUGUUGGAUUCAAUCAUUGCAUUGGGGAGAACAUACGGCUGUCGCAUAUAUGCUUUUGUUGCAUCGCUGGAUGAUUUUUUUUUUAUUUUAUAUAUAAUAUGGACCAAGGAUUUCGGUC